AUGGCAGACUCAUACUCCGCAUCACAGCCCUUGACUGGGCUUCUCCUCGGUUCCAAAUUCUUCGUUAUGGAAAUCAGCGCCAUGCACUGGGUCACUCGUUUCUGCAACAUCGCUUUCAGCCGUGUUCUCAGCCAGGACAAGAGCUGGUUUGACCAUCCUGAGAACGGUGCAGCCAAGCUUACCCAAGUCAUCAUGAAAGAUGGGGAUGAUGCGUGUAUGCUGAUCGCUGUGGUGUUGGGCCAGAUCGUUGCUGUUGGCGCGAUGAUGACUACGGGUUUGAUGGCCAAGUGUGAGGUGCGCAAUAAGAGGGCUCGUGAGGAGGUUGCAAGGGUGUACUACAAAUCGAUUCUCAAGGUCCGUGGUAUUCAUGCUAUGCCUCUUGAACCUGUUCUUCAGGACUCAAUUCAAGAAGGCCACUUCGCAGUGUCUUUCCACUGGUCCGAAGCACUUCUCUUCUACAUCAGCGCUGUCCUCAUCACCCAGGGCACAUACACAUACCUCCAAAUGUGCCAAGUCCUCAACCUCAGUUGUGUUCACCGUCUCCAUCAGCUCAACACCCUCAUCGGGGAGAACGCAUCUCUAGUCUCAGGUGGUCAAGCCCAGCGCCUCCAAAUUGUUCAUGCACUCACAUGCCCAGCCAAGGUUCUCAUUCUAGAUGAAUGUACCUCAGCGCCGGAUGGUGCAAACCAGAUAGCUAUAUUGGAGAUGAUAUGUGCUGCCAAGGUUGGGAAGACUACUAUCAUGGUGAUGCAUAAGGCACCUGUGAUGAAGAUAUGCGAUCGGGUGCUUGUUGUUGAAGAUGGGCAGGUUCAAGCACUUCCAGUCCCGGGCCAGCAGUUCAGCCAUCAGAGAACUGGUGGACAGAUUAGCGAUAUAUUUCAUUGA